AGGAUACCAAGAUCUAGUGUAUGCGAAUAGGAAAUUUCCGUAUGCUGUGUUAGCGAGGUAAAGCCCGAGGUUACACAUCUAUUUGUGCUGUAAUAAAUAUAUUCGUGUACUCAUCUCAUGUUCCAUAGGUUAUUAGUAUGGAAUUUGCCAUCUUUGUCAAUUCACUCUCCAGUCUAUCAAUACCCCCUCUUCUGUCUCUUUUGACGAAGACUUUCUAUCCCCAUGUCUUCCUGAAUGAUUAUAUGCUCAGUCGAUUCAGUUUCAAUACACUCACUAUAUUGUGCAUAAUGAGUAAAAUAUCUACGCCUCCAUCUGGCAGUACCGGUGCCAUGGACCCCGAGAAAGUCGACCGCGUCGCAACGCAGGACAAAGUGCCUGGUCAUAGUAAUUACUAUGAGGAGAAUGGUCUGCGUACAUACGGCGAUGAUGAGGAUCAUGAUCACGAACCUAAAGUAUGUUCAUCACAAAAGAAUACUUUGUCAGUUAUUGAGGACGAGUAGAUGUCGUCUCGACGUUUUAUGAGUCUGGUCGCAAUGGCUUUUUUGUGGACGGGAUCGCAGAUUCCUGUUUAUAUUUUCGGUAAGUUCUGUGCAUGCAGUUCAGGGCGUAAGUGCUAAAGUUAUGGAUUCAGGCGCCAUUCCCCCUUAUAUCUAUUCUGACCUCGGUGGAACCGAUCGGUGAGUAAUCCGAUAUCUAGAUCUAAAUCUCAUAUGCAAUUUUUUGAAACGCCUUGAGUUGUUCAUAACUCUAAUCGGAGAUAUGUAGGUGGAUAUGGUUUGUACUCGCGAAUCUCCUUGCUUUAGCGGGAGUGUGUCCAUUUGUCGGGAGUCUCUCUGAUCUCCUCGGGCGCCGUUAUGUUGCGCUUCUGGGAGCUGUUUUUGUUGCCAUCGGUAUGAUUGUUUGUUCAACCGCUCAAACUAUGAAUACAUUUAUUGGUAAGUCAAUUGUGGUCGGCUAGCGGGAUUUUAUAACUAAGCCAAUGCGGAAAUAUAGGAGGAAUGGCUAUUGCGGGAAUUGGAGCUGGCAUUAAUGAGUAAGUCUUCUAGCCGCACGUUUUUCCGGUAUAUGAGAGAGGUAGGGAAGGCACAAGCUUAUGUUGGCUAGACUCACUGCUCUAGCUGCAACAUCUGAGUUAGCACCUACCUCAAAACGUGGAACCUACGUCGCCGUCCUCGUAUUCACCAUCAUUCCAUUUUGUCCCUCGGUUUUGUGGGGCCAGCUCAUCGCCUCGCAUGCAGGAUGGCGGUGGUGCGGAUUGCUAUGUGGAGUGUGGGCUUUCAUCGGCUUUGUCCUUACUCUCGUAUUUUACUUUCCUCCUCCCCGAGUCAACUCGCUAGGUCUAUCCAACAGAGAAAUCAUACAACAAAUUGACUUUGUGGGAGGUUUUUUGAGCAUAGCGGGAAUGAUCUUAUUCAUGGCUGGUAUGCAAUGGGGCGGCUAUCAAUACAAAUGGACUUCAGCGCAUGUCCUGGUCCCUUUAAUCUUAGGCGCCGUCUUGCUGGCUGCUUUCUGUUGCUGGGAGGUAUAUGGAGCAAAGUAUCCUAUGUUUCCAUCUCGUCUGAACAAAGCACCGAGAAUUCUGGCUCUGACACUUGUCAUAACGUUUAUAUCUGGUGCUAAUUUCGUAAAUAUGACCUUUCUUUUUUCACAAAAAUUCUUUCUUAACAUAUAUGCUGACUAAUCUUAGUUUAGCAUUAUCAUGUUCUGGCCUACUCAGGCUUUCAACGUAUAUGGGCAUGAUCCUGUUGGUGUGGGCGUCAGAGGAAUACCCGUUGGUUUCUCAAUUCUAGCCGGAGCUUGUAUUGCGCUAUGGUUACUAAGUGUGCUGCGAGGAAGAAAUAAGGAAUUGAUGAUUGCAAGUUCAAUAUUGAUGACAGCCGGUAUGUCAUUCUCAAAAGGGUAUAAUGAUGAUGGGCGACUUCAGCUUGAAUUUCGCUAAUCUAAACGACUUUUAGGGUGUGGUUCCCUUGCAUGCGCCAACAGAUACAACCUCUCAACAUUGUGGGCUUUGCUCGUCAUCGCUGGGUUGGGAGUAGGUGGAAUCGUCGUGCCAGCUUCGAUAAUAACCACAAUAAUCUGUCCCGACGACUUGAUCGCAACUGUCACUGCCCUUACCCUGUCCAUCCGAGUGAUCGGUGGCAGUAUAGGUUAUUGUGUCUACUACAACAUUUUCGUAAGCAAAUUUAUUCCUGCUGCAAAGCUACAUAUUGGAGGCUUGAUGGCUCGAGAACUCCAUAUCAAAAACAGAACUCUUAUUUAUGAAGCCAUCGAGUAUACAGCUCAUGCUCUCCUGCCACUGCUCAAGACUAUUCCAGGUAUUGCCGGGAAUGAAACUGCGUAUCAGAUGGUUGUGGUCGCAGGACAGGAAGCAUAUGCUGAAAGCUAUGUUUAUGUAUACUAUGCGAGCAUGGCAUUUGGAGCUGUGAGCAUUUUGGCAGCGUGUUUUCUAGGUGAUAUCAAUGCAUAUAUGGAUGACCAUGUAGCUGUGGUAAUGCAUUGAAACCUUGUACAAGUCCUGGAAACGGCGUUAAAGGGAUAAAAUUUGGACAUGGGACAUAACUGGUCAAGGCAUGGUUCCAUCGCGUGGUGAAUGUAAUACAAG